AGAAGGGAUGCAAGGGUCGUUUAUUUCGCCAUCAUCUUCUUCAGCCCAAGAAGUGCGGGGAGCACCAAGGAGAGGAGCAGCAGUCCAUUUCUCAUCGUGCAGUGCCUCUUCCACUCAAGCUGCCCCGUCGUUUCAGUCAGGCCAGGGAAGUAUUUUUGUGCAAUUCCCACCAUCGGGGGGGCAUGCUCAUUACUUGCCCCGUGUAUCGGACGGGAUGUCCGUUGUACAUUCGUCAACGCAUGCAGGUGGAGCAGCCCCUCUCUCUUCACCGCAUAGCCACACACUGUCAUCUAGCGUAGGAGGGGGCGGAGGAGGAAAGGGAGAACCACCUAGUGUACUGCAAUCACAGGUCCACGGAGAGAGGGGGGGCGGCAAAGAAGGGGGAGAAAGAGGCACGCCUGCAGCUGCUGGGUGCACACAUGGAGGAGGAGGAAGCGGAGGAGGAAGAGGAGGAGAGGAGAGAGGUGGUACGGAUGGGAUGGUUGUUGGAAUGGGCAGCAGUGGAGAUGGGGCUUUAAGACUAGCAAGAGGAAACGCUGCAGGGGAAGGGGGUGAGGUGGUACGGGUAAUGGCAGCAGCAGGUGUUGGAGAAAGCGGAGGAGGUGGGGUGGUAGGUGGAGCGGGGUCGAGGCUUGGGGGAGGAGGGAUGGUAGCUGUAGAAGGAGGUACAGAGAUCCAUGCAGCUGUUGUCACACCAUUGAAGGAAAAGAAGGGGAAGAAGAGGAAAGGAAGUGGUGGUGGUGAGGGUGAAGGAGCUGCUGAUGAGGAUGGGUCAGAUGGUUCUGACGAUGAGAGUGACGAAGCAGUCACUGGACAAAAGAAGAAGAAAUGGACGGAGGCAGAAAUUCACCAUUUGGUCAUCGUUCGCUGCGGCAUGCAGCUCUUUGGGAACGCGAUGGAGCUGGCGGGGGAGUUGCAACAUGAUAGGGAUCUUUUCUACACAGAAGACGGCGUCUCGUAUGCAGAGGAUGGUGAGCUUGACGACGAGGACGCGGUCAGUUACUAUGAUAACCUUUGUGCAGGGUGUGUGUAUUGGGAAGUAGAUAGUCAAAGGGGCCGUGAAGGGGAUGUGAGGGACAGCUAUGAAUAUGAGGGGAGGGAUGGCGAAUGGUGGGUGAACCUGAUGGCGCUCUCUUCUCAGAUCGGUGCUGGGAAUACUGACGUUGAUGGUGUCACUCGUCUGCGGCAGCGUCAUGGAGAUCAGGCGGGUGAGUGGGAGGUGGCGCAAGGGUUCAUGGAAGAGGUGGUAGUUGUGGUGGAGGAGAGGCAAGGAAUGGGCGAGAUCGGAGAGAAGGGUUGGAAGGUGGACAACAACAACAACAACAACAACAACGACGGUGAGCUGGGAUUGGGCGAAAUUGGCGACGAGGGCGAGAAGGGCAACAACGACAACAACAACGACGGUGAGCUGGGAUUGGGCAAAAUUGGCGACGAGGGCGAGAAGGGCGAUGGACAUGAGGGGAGGGCUGGCGAACGGUGGUAGAACUUGAUGGCGCUCUCUUCUCAGGUCGGCGCCGAGAAUGC